CAUACGUGAAUAAGGAUACCAAUACUCCCAGGUGGUAAUUUUAAGUAUAGACUUACAGAUACAACGCUUCGCAGUAACCGGACACUGCGCAUUACUAUAGAUCUGGAACAUGUAGUGGAUGUUGAAAAAGAAGGAUCUGAGUCCUCAAAAUGCAGAUCCGCUUGCGAUCAGGACGGCGCCUACAUGCGUACCUGAAAAUAGGCACCUGUGUUUUGGUCGGCGUCUGCUACUUUGCAUUUCUUUUUCGCGAAUCGCUCAAUGCUUUCGAGCAUCGUGAGCGAGCAACAGCCGCCGUGGCAUUGGAGGCGGCGGAGUACUCGGAGCCUUCAAAGCAACAGCUCAAGCUGAAGCGACAACAAUCGCAACGCCAACGUCUACUUGAUCAGAAACGCUUGGAUUUAAGUCGUGCUAACGGCACCUCAUCAAUGGCCAGAAAAACAACCGCAGCUCCAGCGAGCACGCUUAAUCCAGUCUACGAGUACUCUGAGGAGCUUCACAGUCGCACUGAACGAGAUUUAAAGUUACGUCGCGACCACUUGGCGACCGUGUGCGAGCGAUAUAAGUUGCAGGAAAAGUAUCCACCGAAUCCAUGGGAAUUUUUCAUCUCGCCCGGCCACAAUAAUCUUGUGUGGUGCAAUGUUUUUAAGGCUGCAAGCAGCACAUGGAUGUAUUACUUUAACAUACUGGCUGGUUACGAUCUGAAAUAUUUACAACGAACUGAGGUGCAGCCUCUGGAAUUGGCAAGACAACGUUUCCCUCGUCCGGAGUUAGCCGAACUGCUGGAACUUUUGCCCAGUGCUCUAUCCUUUUUGUUUGUACGCGAUCCCUUUGAGCGUAUCCUUAGCGCUUAUCGCAAUAAGCUGGAGGGCAAUCGAAACAGCUUCUAUAAGGCACUAGGCACCAAAAUUGUCCAUCGCUUUAGACGCCGGAGCAUGGGAGGUCCCUGGCCACGCUGUGGCCCCACAUUUGAAGAAUUUGUGCGCUUUUUAAUCAAGGAGCACAAGGCCGGACGUCGCUUUGAUGAGCACUGGGCGCCAGUUUACAGCUUCUGUACGCCGUGUAGUGUGAAUUUCAGCAUCAUUGGCAAAACCGAAACAUUUCAACGGGACUCCGAGUUUAUCAUACGGCAGGCGGGUCUUGAAUCGCUGCUACUGGGAAAGCUGCCCAGGCGCAAGUUGCGCAAAAUUGGAAAUUUAGCUCGCAGUGGCAUCAAGUCUGAAGCACUGGUGGAACGCUACUUUGCCGAUCUCGAUCGCACAACAUUGGACCAAUUACUCAAGAUAUAUCGCAUCGAUUUCGAGCUGUUCGAUUACGACUUCCUCAAGUAUUACGACAUGGUGCAUCCCUGGUCCCUCGAACAAAGUACACAAACAGCUCGAACCGGAACUGGAACUGGUAGUGGUAGUGCGACUGGAACUGGAACUGGAAUCGGAACAGGGACUGCAACAUUCGUUACAACGCCUGUUUCCACAUCUCUGGCAACUGCUACUGAAGCAGACUAAAUGUUUUUGCUCAAGAUCGCGUCAAGAUGCGAUUAACAAUCUAAUUCAUGUACCUUUUAAACGAACACAAAUAAUCGUAACCGUAACCGAAACUGUAACAGAAACCCAACCGAAGCAACCAAAUUUACCGUUUACUAAAAAAAUGCCAAAAUUAGCGUUUUCCAAAAACGUACAAUUUUCGACCUCCCUUAGAUAACGCCAAAAUGGAACAAGAACAAGAUGUAUAUGUAGUUAGAAUGAUGCAUUUUGAUGAAUUUUUUUCAUUAAAAUGGAAAAAAAAAACCGAAGUAUAUUUACAGCCCAAAUGCCAAGCAUCUUUUUAGGUGCCAUUGCGACUUGCAACUUGCGGAAUGCGGCAUUAGUUAGUGCUAAGAACUUACAAUUUACAGUCACACCUUACAACUUUUACUUAAAUAAUUUAUUUACAAGCUAUUAACAUAAGAGCAUUGAUGUAUACAUAUAUAUGUGUAUAUAUUUACAUUGUGCGUACAUACAAACGCACUCACCAACCUCUAGACAAAUAUCGCAAGGAUCGCAAAGGACCCAACAAACCUACACAUAUGUACAUAUAACUACAUUUGUGAAUCUUUAUGUACCCACAGAUAUGUAUGAAGAUCUCAUUAGUUACAUUGCCUAUUUCCCCCCCCCCCCC